AUGACACCCCUGGAUGUGGUGGUGAUGGUAGUGCUGUCGGAAACCUAUGCUGCCGUGGAAGCCGGUGAGAUUGUGUCCGAGUCCCCCUGCCUUGCAGAUAUUAACCUCCGUUGUGUUCUCGUUUCAAUGCCACUUGGCCAUCUAUCUGGGUUCGUCCAAGCUACUGGAAGUGCUGAGGGGGAGGGGGAAGGAAGAGGGAAGAUGGCUCCUGGUCAGGUGUCGUUUCAGGCGUUAAUCGCCCUCUUACUGGACACAGGCCAAGCACCGAGUGAGCUGGAGGUUCGAGGGCAACUACUUCAGCUAGCAGAUCUGUUGAGUUGGGAUGCUAAGUGUAAUCGUGUACUUCACGACCUCGUGGUCAGCUGCUACGGCGCUCCGGACUACCUGGCGAAAAAAGCGAAGGAGACAUCGAGGGGUGGAGGUAGGUUUCACUUUAAUCGAAACUUUCCACACAACUUGGAGACACCGCCGCGGCACGCGUUGAAGCCGAGAAAGUUGCGACCGCAAAAACCACCUAUGUCCGAGGUGGACGAAAGCAACCAAAGUCAGUUAGAGAGAGAGGCAAUUUCUGAUGUAGCCUUGGUGAAUAGCCUUCACAAACACCCUGAGGAGACGUGA